AGUUAGUUUGUAUGUGACUAAUGCUCACUCCUGGUUCAACAUGUCUCGUAAUGACUGUCCACUAACUUGGGCUGGGCUCUAAUAAUGGAACCUGGACGUGUGUGUGUGUGUGUGUGUGUGUGUGUGUGUGUGUGUGUGUGUGAUGGGUGCUCCAUUAGACAGGAGUGCUUAGACAUGUGUUGGGCUGAGGAGACCUAACAGUUAAAGAUCAGCUGCAGCAGCGGUAUGGGCCACGCCUCCCACACUCGGCACCUGGUUCUCCAACAGUCAGUCCGUCAGUUGCGCUGUUGCAGAGCGGAUUUUCAGACAGGACCGGGCGGAAGAAAACCGGCAGAGGAGGAGAAAAAAAAAAAAAAAAAAAAAAAAAAAAGCGAAUGGGGGAGAGGAAGAGGAGAAUGUGACAAGUGCUGGAUGCGGACAGAGUGUGUGCGGCUGGCUACACUGCCUUUGGGGAGGCCUCGGCUGGUGCACCUGUCCCUCUCCGUCUCCGCGUCCAGGCGCAGUUUGACUGAGAGCGACGCUCCUUUAUUUAUCAGGCAGGGCGCACAGCGGCGGAGGCGCACACACACAUACACACACACACUCACGUUACUGUACACACACACACAUACACAUACACAGGGCAGCCAGGCAACAUGACUUCAUCCUACAAUCUGGAUUUUCUGCCCGAUAUGAUGGUGGAGAGCCGCCUGCUUGUACCCGGAGACAGAAUCAACGGCACCCCCGGGAAGAUGAACGGGGCGUUGGAGCACUCAGACCAGCCCGACCCGGAUGCCAUCAAGAUGUUUGUGGGCCAGAUCCCACGCUCCUGGUCAGAGAAGGAGCUGAAGGAGCUGUUUGAGCCGUACGGAGCCGUUUACCAGAUCAACAUCCUCCGAGAUCGCAGCCAGAACCCUCCACAGAGCAAAGGCUGCUGUUUUGUCACGUUUUACACAAGGAAAGCUGCCCUUGAAGCCCAGAAUGCACUGCAUAACAUAAAGACCUUAACAGGGAUGCACCACCCUAUUCAAAUGAAACCUGCAGAUAGCGAGAAAUCUAAUGCGGUGGAAGACAGGAAGUUGUUCAUCGGCAUGGUGUCAAAGAAGUGCAACGAGAACGACAUCCGAGUUAUGUUCUCUGCGUUCGGACAGAUCGAGGAGUGCCGGAUCCUCCGAGGUCCUGAUGGACUCAGCAGAGGAUGUGCAUUUGUCACGUUUUCCACCAGAGCUAUGGCACAGAAUGCAAUCAAAGCCAUGCACCAGUCUCAGACUAUGGAGGGCUGCUCGUCUCCAAUCGUGGUGAAGUUUGCCGACACGCAGAAGGACAAGGAGCAGCGGCGUCUGCAGCAGCAGCUGGCACAGCAGAUGCAGCAGCUCAACAGUGCGACCACCUGGGGGAGCCUGACAGGCCUAGGGGGCCUCACCCCACAGUAUCUGGCUUUGCUUCAGCAGGCAACCUCCUCCGGUAACCUAGGAGCCUUCAGCGGGAUCCAGCAGAUGGCCGGUAUGAGUGCUCUGCAGUUGCAGAACCUGGCCACUUUAGCGGCAGCAGCAGCGGCGGCCCAAAACUCAGCCAGCCCCUCCACCGCAAACCCCCUGUCCUCCAACGCCGCCUCCCUGGGAGCGUUGGCCAGCCCAGCAGCAGGCACCACAGCCAGCUCCAACGCCGGCGCCAUGAACUCUCUGACCUCUCUGGGCACCCUGCAGGGCCUGGCAGGUGCGACUGUGGGCCUGAACAACAUUAAUGCACUAGCAGUUGCUCAAAUGCUCUCAGGUAUGGCGGCUCUAAACGGAGGCCUGGGCGGCGCAGGGCUUACCAACGGCACGGCAGGCACCAUGGACGCGCUGACGCAGGCUUACUCAGGGAUACAGCAGUACGCCGCCGCAGCGCUGCCCACCCUCUACAGCCAGUCCCUGCUGCAGCAGCAAGGGGCCGCCGGCAGCCAGAAAGAGGGUCCCGAAGGUGCCAACUUGUUCAUCUACCACCUGCCCCAGGAGUUCGGAGACCAGGACAUAUUGCAGAUGUUCAUGCCUUUCGGAAACGUGGUCUCUGCCAAAGUCUUCAUCGACAAACAGACAAACCUUAGCAAGUGCUUCGGCUUCGUCAGCUACGACAAUCCAGUGUCGGCACAGGCAGCCAUCCAGGCCAUGAACGGCUUCCAGAUCGGCAUGAAGCGGCUGAAAGUGCAGCUGAAGCGCUCCAAGAACGACAGCAAACCGUACUGAUCUUAGCACUAGGGUCUAUCUGCUCCCCAUGUUAGCACUGCUAGGGUAAGUCCCCCCCCCAAAAAAAGAACAAAAAAACAGCAAACCGAGCCACGACCUCUCUACACAGGGACUACAAGGGUGGGGUGGGGGUGGGGGGGUGAAGGGAGGGAAGGGAGGGAUGUGGGAGGGAGGGGGAGACGACCUACAACCACCCUGAGGGAGACACACACGCCUUGUUUUUUUUUUUCUUGUUUUUCUUGCUUUUUUGAAAAUUUUUGUGUUAGCUUUCAAGUAUUAUUAUUUAUUACAGUUUAUUUUUGACACACAUGAACACUUCCAUUACCGCCAUUACUUUGUGCAAUGUUUUUUUUAACAAUGGAAGGAAGUAGCUAUCUUUGGUAGCUUGUGUUUUUUUAAAGUUUGUUUCAAAGUUAUUUAAUUUUUUUCUUUAUGAAUGAGUAUUUAUACAUUUUUGCGGACUAGUUACAGUCAGAACCGAGGUAAAGACAAAGGAGCCAUGAUGAUUUUUUUUAAUUCUUUUUUCCUCUCUCUCUCUUAUUGUGAACCUGAGGCCUGGCCUGGUUCUAUUUUUUUUUUUAAUUCUUUUUUGACGCGUACACCGAUAUGCACAUUUGACCUUUGACCUCCACGGUGUUGGUUGCAGGCCGCCGCUGCUUCUCUGAAAACCCCUCUAUGCCUGCUGGCAACCCGGGAGCAAAGGCUGCAAAACAUAGUGGCCUCUAUACAGAACAGUACAGUCAGUGGCAACGUCAGUUACACUCCACCAUCACAAGAAGAAGAAAAAAAACACACACUCCAGCUAUGUCUUAUAAUUUACAUGAAAGUAUGAGAACUUUUUUUUUUUUUUUUUUUUAAUUUCUCAGAUGAUGAAAAAAUUAGUAACUAUUUUCUGGGUCAGAUCACAUUGGUCUUUGUUGAAAGGGAUAUUACAGCAUGUAGGACAUUUUCAAAAUAACAUCCAUAAUUUGAUGAAGGCUAUAACAAUAAUAAUAUUAAUAGAAGAGUUUAUGGGUUAAGGGGGUAACUGAAAAUACUUGAUGUUUGUUGAAAGAUUAAAAAAAAAAAUAAUUCAAAGUACAGAAAGCCACAGGCCUGUAAAUUUUAUUUGUAAAAAAAGCAGUUCUAUUUUUAUACAACAUUUUUACUGCCUCAGAUGAAAAAAAAAAAACGGAUUUUAUUUAUUGCCUAUCGUUAAGUUAUUGGACUCCUAUAAAAUAUACAGCAUCAUUCAAGUAGACCCUUGUGGAGAAGUCUCGUGGAGUUGGGUUCUCCGGUGUUUUUCAUGUUUUUUCAGUGCAGAAACCAUCAACAAACACUCCGCUGUCAUUUGAGAACGCACCCCCCAUCCCCAUCCCCACCCACCCACACACACACACACACACACACACACACAUACACUCCUCCUUCUGUCAUUGAUUCAUUCAUUCACUUCUCUGUGCUGUUCAUCCAUUCACUCAUUUCUCUCUCUUUUUACCACUCUCUCCCUCUCUCCAUCCAUAGUGGGACUACUUCUUCACUUGUUGGAUUUCUACACCCCCCUCCCCCCUUGCGUUUUAAUCUCUUUUUUUUUCCCUAUUUUUGUUUUUGAGUGUUUUUUGUUUGUUCGUAGCCCCCUUUACCCCCACCCAAAGAUGUAAAAGAUUUUUAUAAAUGAAAAUUGUAAAAUGACCCCCUUCACCCAAUAGAAAAAAAAGAGUACAUGUCCCAAAUGACAACAUCCAUCUGGGAUCUGAUGGAUAAAGCUUUGGGUGCUGUCUGUUUUUUGUGUAUCUGUGAGCGACUGAGUGAGUGUGUGUUAAUGCUUGUACGUAUAAUAUAGACCUACAACAUUAAUAUCAUUAUCUAUUUAAAAAAAAACAACAAAAUUUAUGCUUAAAAAUUGCCAAUGAAAUCAGUGAGUGGUGUUGCUAUUCUGACAGUUUGCAUUGUUUGUUUGUUGUUGUUGUUGUUGUUUGUUGUUGUUGUUUCUCCUGAUUUUUAAAAUGCUGUAGUGGUGUGGUGCUCUGGCUCUCUGUGUGUAACUCUCUCCUCUCCCCUGUUUUUUCUUUCCCCCUUUUAGAACAACCCAUCUCCAUGCCUGUUAGCUCAUCGUUUGCCUAGCAUGUCUCCGUGGCGUCCAAAAAAAAAAAAAAAAAAAAAAACACAAACAAAAAAAAAACUUUCAAAUAAAACAAAAACAAAAUUCCCCACCCAAAAAAAGUGUCAUCGUCCUCCCCAUCAUUGUUUUUAUGAUGUCUUUUCCGAGCUCACCUGAUCAUAACCUGGUUCUCCUCCUCCUCCGCCACCGCCUACUGACCUUUUGAACUUUGAACUUUUAGCUUUUCUGGACUUUGAUUUUUAUUAUUAUCAUUUUUUUUUCUUUUUUUUUUCUUUUUUGGUUGGAUUUUUUUGCAUGUGACCUCAUUUGGAUCUGGAAGGGUUUCAGGAAGGGAGGGAGGGAGGGAGGGAGGGGUGGGUGAGAAAAUGAAUCAAUGUGAAAAAGAUAUAAAGCUGCAUUCAUAUGAAAAAAAAACUUCAAAAAAAAAAAAGACUGAGAAUUUUUAUGGAAAAACACAUCUUCUUUUGGAGAAAAAAACAACAACCUGUGGCAAAGUGAUUUCCAUUCAGUAUGUUUUCUUGCAUUUUUUUUGUUUCUUCUUCUUCCUCUUCAGUUUUUUCCUUGUUUUCUUCUUCAUUUAAAGUAAACUUGAAAGUUCACUACAGGAAUUGGCGCAUCGUUUUGCUUCUGGCGCCGAUGAAAAACAGUGCAUGGGCCAGAAGCAGUCUGCGCCAGUUUCUCUGAGAAAUAAGACUACUUCCAAACAGUUUUGAAUAAAAACUGUCUGAUCAAUAUUAGACUCUCUCAGAGCUCUCUUAAUGGUUUUUACAUUUUUCAGGCAGUGUAAAGUUUUUUGAUAAGGCCAUUUUAAGUGGCUCUGUUUCUCAUUCAAAGUCUAUAUAUAGAACCACUUUUUUCUAGAGUAGUUAAAGGUAAAAAUAAAAAAAGACAUUUGCCCUGUUUGGGGGGGGAGAAAUGCUACCUACUUGUGUCACCUUUUGCUGAACUGACUCACAGAUAGACAAUCCGUGGUUUAAAUGCACAUGAUGAAAUGACCUAUAUUUUCUACUGUUUAAAUGUAUAGAGGAAAAAAAUACUAAGAUACCUGUAACCCGCGUUAACGUCGGUGCUUCUCGUGAGUUUAGUUGUGGUUUCAUCACAAGUCUAACGGUCUUAAAUGUCUCAUGUUUUUCAAGAGAAGACUAAAAAAUCAGUUUACUUGAACAAUAGACAAAGCCUUUCAUAUUACUAUAAUAGUUACUUUUGUUUUUUGUUUUGUUUUGUUUUUUUCUUCUUUUUUAAGGAGUCCCUAUUUGCUAAAUUUCUUGUCAGUUAAUUAGCUAUAUAAAAUUCCUAAAAAUAUAUAUAAAUAUAAAUAUAUCUAUAUAUAUAUAUAUAUUAUAAUGUCAGCUUGUGAAGCAUCAAUGUCAUUAUUAUUUUAUUUCUCUUGUGGGAAACAAUAUUUAGAUGUGUUUUGUUGUUCAGCAAAAUGUCUUAUAAAGAAAAAAAGACAAGAUCAGUGGAGUUUAGUGCCAAAUUCUGAAGGUACUUCCUGCCUAGCGCGUCAGUGUAUUUCUUGUGAAAUUAUUUGAUAACAUGGGUAUUUUAUUAUAAGUGUUUUGUAUGGAUCCCUCAUAUUUAAAAUAUAGAUUUAAAAAAGAGUUUGUUAACUUGCUAUUCUGUGGUCUUGUUGCCUGAAAAUGUCAUGUUUGCUUUUUUCUUUGUAAAGAUGUAAAAAAAAAGUGCCCAUGUGUCAUAUAUAUAUCUAUAUACACACACACGGUCACACACACAUACACACUCUCGUGCAGACCUCACAGUUUACUUUGUUGUUGUGCAUGAGAGCCCCUGAGUGUGAAAGCCUCUACAGCGACUGCUACCACCCGCCAGCGUGCACGCACACACUCUUAAAAAACACACGCACACAAUUUAAAAAAAAAAAAAAAAAAAAAAAAUCCUGCACUGAUGUUUUUAGCCAUUGUACAGCCGUUUUAUUCAUCAAAGCCUUACCACAAAUCUUUGCACUCCUGUUCUCUCUCUAUUAGUAUCUCGCACGUACAGACACAAAAACAAGACACACACAUCAGGCUUCGGUAUGUAUUGUUUUGAUUGUUUUCUCGCCGGCACGGUAUCCCACUCCUCAGUUGAAAAUUGAGGUGAGAGUCAUACGCAAAGCCUUAUUUCUCACAAAUCCUCUUAUCCCUUUUGUGGGGUUCAAAACAUUUCACAAGUUGUAGCCGGUGCUGUUUGUCUCAAACGGCGAGGAUCAUUACUUUGUGUAUCAGCUCAGAUGCUUGCUUUCAUGAUGUAAGCACAGGGCAAGACUCGCUCGUUCACAAACAAGCCUCGAUCUUUUGAGGAAAAAGCACACGUUGCCAUCGGACAGUCAAAAAAAAAAAUAUAUAUAUAUAUACACACACACACAUAUAUAUAUAUAUAUAUAUAUGUAGAGGUGGGACGGUCUGGAGCAAGUUUUUACCUGUUUGAUUUGAUACUUUUUUAAGACUUCUCCAUAAUCACAAAGUCUUGUGGUGUAAUGGGCCAAAAUCAUGUUUAGAUGCCAAAGUGUGUUAAUGACAUUCUCAUGGUCAAGCCGUUUACAUGGCACGAUGUUGUCAGUCUAUUCAACUGUCCCCCUUACCCCUCCCUGAAAGCCUAGUUUACGGUCUGCAAAAUAAAGGCAGCAUUAUUUUCUACAGAAGCUCACCAGUCGCCUUAACCAGGGAGCGUUGUACCAGUAUUAUAAAAGAACAAGGUGUUGUCAGUCCUGUUUGAUAGCUGGACAGUGAUGUGUGCCAAGUCUAGGGUCACUUUUGUGUACGGUUAACCUCCUACUUGUGAAAGUCUGGGUUUCCCUCUUCCACCAUUUUGGCAGAUCGACCCAAGCAGAGAGGCUGAAAUGGCCGUUUAGUCCUCGCAGCAGCUGUGGAAGGAAGGAAGGAAGGAAGGAUGGAAGGAAAGUAGGAAGGAAGGAGGAGAGAAAACGAGGCUCCUGUUUGAAGGAUGCCGCUCUCUGUCUGGCCGUUGUCUCCCAGGCUAAGCGGGGUUAUUAGAAACAGGGCUAUGUGGAGAGAUGUCUUAUUGGAAUAGCGACAGGGGAAAUAAAAGCGCUGUUGGUUGGAAAGGAAGGGUCACGUCUGCAGGUCCGCACAGGCAAAACAAGCCACAGCCGAGAUGAAGGCAAUACAGCUUUCAUUAUCCUCUCAAAGACCAAACCCAACACGAAACUUUAUCUGGCCUCAUGGAGGAGGAGAAAGACUUUUCCUAAAUGCAGUACAUGAGCAGUGCCACAAACAGCCAUAACUACCUGUAUGAUAGCUGGACAGGAGGAGUCCCAGUGCAGUCAGUGUUAAUGGACCAUUUUUCUGACCAGCGUGUGCAGGUUUCACGUCGUAAAAACCGCUGCAAUUAAAGUCAAAGUGGAAACUUUGCAUCCUGCGAUUGCACACUUUACUUCCUCACCUCACUCUUGCACAAUUCACCGCUCAUUUUAUUCAUAAGUGUGGAGGCUACGGAUUAUGCGCUGCUCGAGUCGUGCUGCGGCGCUCUAUUUUAUACGGCUGUCUGCGUUGUUUAGAGCAUUUUACCUGUCCCAAAAACUAUGUUGUAAAUUGCCAAAUCUCACCGAGUUGCACAGUGUAGUGUGAAGCAUUUGUUUUUUUGUUUCAAUGUCAAAGCACAAGAGGGUCGCGGAGUUUCUGUCGAGCGGCUCACCUCAGGGGCUUUCAUCGCAGAUGCUUGUUGUAAUCUUUCUAUCUUGUCACUGUUCACUUCUCUGUUCUCCUUCUUUCUUAAUUAUCUUAAGUGCUAUUUAUCAAACAAAGAAAACUGAAAGGAAAAAAAAAUGAACUUGUCGUUUCUUUGCAUUAUGGCUUAUGUCAAGUUUUUUGAGGAAAAAUGUUUUGUGUGUUCUCUUUCCGUGCCGUAAAAAGAGCUUGUUGUCUGUAGAAAUUAUCAAAUUUCUUUUCUUUCCUUUUUCUGUUUAUGUUUUUUUGACUCUCAAAAAGGUUUUCAGUAGUUAUUGUCUUGAGAGAAGCCAAAGUCAAUGCAUUUCAGUGGAUCCUGUAAGCGUGAUGUAUGUUUGUUUGACAACACUUCGAAAUCUGUCACUGGAUGGGAUUUAAAAAGUACAAAAAAUGCAGGCUUUCCUAUUUCUACAACUGAUUGUACUUAUGCAUUUUGUACCAGUGGAAUUUUUUAUACUGGAGAUUAAAGGAUACAACAAAAAAAUCUUAGAAAAAAAGCUGUCUGGCCUGGUGGUGUGGCCUGACCCUGACUGGUCCCCGAGUAUGAUUUCUAGCUGGCCUCCAGAAAGUUGGCUUUUGAUAUAAGAUUUUCUAGAAGAUCUUUGGCUUUAUUUCUUUCACUUCUUUUUCCUCACUUGAGUGUUCUUCUUUCUUUCUACCUUUCUUUCUGACUUUUCUUUAUUUUCCGAAAAACAGAGGGUAGGUGAGUGUCAAAUCUCUCAUUUUGCUUUAUAAAUAGUUCUAGCGAGUUUGUCUAUACAACAGCGGUAAGUUUCAUUUGACUUCUGUAUUGUGCCGUCUACACGAUAAGACAAUUAUAGAAAAAGAAGGAAUAGAAAUAUUUAGUCACCUUCAGUGGAUUAAUGUAUUAGUUUAAUAAAGAGAUCAACUAAUUAGAAUUUUUUUGAUUUUAGCUGUUUAGAUUUUUCCAGUUUCUCUGUCCUUCUCUGUGAACUAACUGUGUAGCUGAAGCAGUCAGAAUUAUUUUUGUAAACGUAUGUUCUUGUGUGAUGCAGUUUUUUGCUUCUGUCUCCUAUAUUAAACCAUUUUUCCUAA